AUGAGCAGAUGUUCAGUGCAGAAGAAGCUCCAUGACGCCUUUGAGUUUGUUAAGAGGAGUGAUAGAUGUCAACGCACUGGGAAUAUCUCAAGAAGAAACGAGAUGCCACUAAACAGCAUAUUGGAAGUCGAGAUAUUUGGCGUCUGGGAAAUCGACUUUAUGGGACCGUUUUCAAAUCAAUACAUCCUGGUAGCAAUUGAUUAUGUGUCAAAAUGGGUGGAAGAAGUUGCAUUGCCAACGAACGAUGCGAAAGUGGUAAUUGGGUUCUUGAAGAAAUACUUCUUUACCAGAUAUCGCACACCACGGGCAAUAAUUAGUGACGGGGGCAAACAUUUUUGCAAUCGCCAAUUUGAGCAAUUACCGAGUAAAUAUAGGGUUAAAUACCGUGUAGCAACCCCACAUUAUCCACAAGCCUACGGGCAAGUUGAAGUGUCCAAUCGGCAGCUGAAGAGAAUAUUAGAGGUUAUAGUGAAUUCUUCCAAAAAAGACCGGUCUAAAAAGUUGGACAAUGCAUUAUGGACACAUAGGACAGCAUUCAAGACACUGAUAGGUAUGUCUCCAUUCCACCUAGUUUUUGGAAAAGUGUGCCACCUCCCACUGAAGAUAGAACACCGAGCAUAUUGGGCUAUGAAACAAUUGAACGUUGAUUUGGAGGCCGUUGGUAAAAAGCGUUUAUUGCAGCUUAAUGAGUUGGAUGAAUUUAGAAUGGAAGCAUAUGAAAACUCGAAACUUAUCAAAGAACGCACCAAAAAAUCAAGGUGGUCGGGCCCUUACACUGUCACUAAAGUUCUACCAUAUGGAGCUAUACAGGUCAGCCAUGAAACAAAAGGAACAUUCAUUGUUAAUGGGCAAAGGCUGAAACACUACUGGGGCGGGACUUCUCCAAUAAGUCAUCGAUCAUCCAUGCAUGUCAAUAGAGUCAAAGCACUGUUCACACAAAUUCCUAGGCAUGGAGCACAUGUUCGGAUGCCGCAAAAAAAAACUUCAAAGGGCAAGGAAAACGUCAGCUCAUCUUCCGGAACUGUAAGAACUAGGGAACUCGAAGGGAAAUUAUAG